GAGCGCUGUCGCAGUUGUAAUUUACAAUGCAAGGAGCUUUAAACAUGGCUGAAUGAAAGGACGCUAGAUUGCCCGAAGGGAGGAGAAAAUCAUCAUUUUUCAUGAGAUUCAUUAAUUUUUGUCGUCAUAUUUUGAGUCCAGUGAUGUCUAGAACCAGAAAUCUUGAAAUUGUUUCGUGAACAUUUGCAUGAGAUCACCAUGUAUAUGUACGAUCAGCCAGACGAAGUGCCAACAUUGUUGGACAUGGACUCGCAGAAUCUGUGUACGCCGUCGAACAGGUACAUUAUGCCGAGUCUGACCAUGCCUGUUGUCAAGACUGAACCCAUAGAGAUGGCAGCCAUGAUGCCCCCACAUGCCAUCAAACGAGAGCCCCACGACAUGAUGGGCAUGAGCCAGCUGGAAUUCAUCAAGACCGAGCCCCAGCAAAUGCUGGACUACAACCACAUGGCCAGCAUGACCAUGAACUCUCACAUGUACCACAUGACGAACUACCCCCACCCCAUGAUGCACAGUCUGCCCCAGCUGCCGCCCCAGCAUCACCAGCUGCAGCAGCAGCAGCAGCAACAGCAGCAGCAGCAGCAGCAGCAGCAGCAGCACCCAGGCCAGCACAACGCGGCGCUGACGCAACCGGAGCGCAAGCCGGGCAAGAAGUCCAAGAUCAAGCAGGAGAAGAUCACGGAUAACUUCAAGGAGAAGAAGCCCAGGAGGAAAGUGGAUCGUUUCCAUGGUACCCCGGAGGAGGAGGUUGCCAAGAGAACGCUGCCGGACAUCCUCAUACCUAAUCUGGAUAUUGUCAUUAUUGGUAUCAAUCCUGGGUUGAUGGCUGCAUACAAGGGCCACCACUACGCAGGACCAGGAAACCACUUCUGGAAGUGUCUGUACCUCUCCGGUCUGGUGGACGAACCCAUGACCUGCAUGGAUGACCAUCGCCUCUUACAGUUCAACAUCGGAUUCACCAACAUCGUGUCCAGGACCACCAGGGGAAGCUCUGACCUCACAAGGUAUCCACAAAAGAAAGAAAUCAAAGACGGAGCGCGGAUUUUGACAGACAAGAUGAGGAAGUACAGACCACUGAUUGCCUGCUUCAACGGCAAGGGUAUCUAUGAGAUCUUCAGCGGCAAGAAAGAUUUUGAGAUCGGACGACAGCCCGAGACCAUGCCCGACACAGAAACGGUGAUUUAUGUCAUGCCGUCAUCAAGUGCCCGAUGCUCCCAAUUCCCACGUGCCACAGAUAAAGUCAACUUCUAUACAACACUCAAGGAACUCCGAGACGAACUCAAAUCCAUAAAAAAGCCAGCGACGCCCCUCACGGCCCUUCCCCCGCCCCCUCCCUCAACAACUCAAGAACAACAGCAGCAGCAACAACCACCACAGCCGCAACAACAGCAGCAGACACAGCAGCAACAGAAACAGCAGUCGGCACAGCAGCAGGAUCAACAGCAACAGCAGCAGCAGCAGCAGCAGCAAGGGGUAAAGGUCAAACAGGAAGCCGGCCAGCCAGCUAACUGUCCUGGUCAACAACAGGGUCAAACACCUCCUGUCCGUGUCAAGAUGGAGAAUCAGAAUGACUGUGCGACAACCUGCAGCAGCAGCAGCAGCAGCACGGCUUAUCACGGUACGGUACAGGGCCCCGUACCCCACCAAUCCCUGCCGGCCUUGCCGCCCCACGGCGGCCCCAUGCUGAUCAAGCAGGAGCCGGGCAGCUUCUACCCUAACACCUGCGGGGGGCAGUACCCAAACCCCCCACCCCCGAUGCCUUCCGCUAGACAGGAGCCGGGCAUGGGUUACCCAGUCAUCAAGCAGGAGAUGCCCGAUCCUCAGAUGAGGCACUACGUCCCCGGCGCGCCCCCGACCACGGCCCACAAUCAGUUCCACCCGGGCUAUUUCAUGGACCAGAUUCCCACCAUCGCGAUGGGGGAAAAUGGUGCGAUGAUCAUGAGAAACCACCUGCCGCCCCAGCAACAACAGCAGCAACAGCCCAUGGGCAACAGCCACGCAUCCGGUAACGGACCUAUCCCAAUGCCGCCUGCACCCCUCGACCCAGCUAUGCCAAAUUACGGUCACUCAUACCCAGACCCUAGGGGGGCCUCGCCGCACACCUACCCCCAGCCGAUGUAUCCACAGCAGCACAUGCAGCAACAACAGCAGCAACAGCAGCAGCAGCAUCCUCCUCCGCCACAAUAUCCACAGAUGUCGCAACAGCCUGAACCAACCCCCAAGCAACAGCAACAUCCCGGUGCCGGUAAUACCUGAUAACCCAGCAAUGUACAGCGCAACCAUCACUGAUCAAACCUCUCUAAAACCCUGGGUGCCAAGUGUCAAAUCACCUGAAACCAACUCCUAUCUGGUGCAUGCCCUUCCUGCAGAGGGCGCUGUUUUCAAGCUCUCUGCUUGAUAGGGGGCGCUGUUGUGCGUUUGUCCACUGCCAUCUUCACCAACUCCCAGUGAAGUUGAGCGUUGUUCAGUGAUUGUUUGUUCCUGUACCGAAAACAAAACCCCAUUGCUGUCAAUGGAUCAUACCACAAGAUACCAAAACCCCCCAAACCUAUUCCCCAGAUGAAUGUUAAUAAUCAGGGUCAGACAGUGUCUUUGUGUUAAGACUUUCACCUACAGACUCCGUUUUUCUCACAGUAGCAAGACUGACGUCUGCAGAGUGUACGAGACACUGUCAGGUUUGUGGUCAUCACUUUAAAACAUGCCACUGUAUUCUGGAUCUUAGCCACGACAAAGGGCAUUAUUCUUUUUUAAAUAGUGGAAGUUAGGUAUGACUAAUAUACCCCCAAAAAACAUACUUGGCCAUUUUCAGUCAGAAAAUUUCAAAAUUGUCAAAAGAUGCAAUAUAAAAAUCCCGUGAAGAAUUUAAACCAUAACUUUUUUAAGAUGAGUUUUAGAAGUGGAAUUGUACAAGUUUCACUGAUUUUUGUUUUUAAAAAGAACUUAACAAUUCCUUCGGAAAUGAAGUAUUUUGAGUAUCGGUUUGGCCUUCCAGGUUUAAAAAAAAAUAUCCAUUGUGAGCUGUGGGGUUGUCUUGAUUGUCUUCUGUGUCCGAUACUUCAUAUCUUCCAUUCCUGUGUGCCAUCAUGUAUAGUAAUAUGCUGCACUCACUCCUCAUAGUACUUGUAAACGUUUGAAGAAAAAAAAACAUCACCCAUUUUUAUUUUGUUGGUCAUACAUGUACAUGUAUGUCAACCGAAGCGAAUCUCGAACGUACACAUUGGAUGUACGUUUCCACAAGACAUAGAAUUAGGUGAAUAUUCGUUGUGUUUGGUUUCGUUUCAUAAGUGAGUAUUUGAUGCAGCAUCAUGUCGAGUGAAACUAACCAGUUUUUAGUUGGAUGAUUUUGUUUUUUUUAAUGUCCCAAUGGGAUUAUGCACACCCCUUUCUGGAGGAUUGACUGUUUUUUAAAAAGCUACAUGCAGAACGGUCCAAUUUUACUAGAUAUACAAAUUCUUCCAAAUUUGUAAAAUAUUUUUUUUUUCUUUUUUUUUUUCAAUUUUGUACACAAUUGAAUGUGUAUAAUGAAAUUUAGGACAUGCAUUCCAAGAUUGUUACUCUUUUAAUCCUAACCCUAAUUGCAGUGAGUGAAAGCAAUAUUUACCACAAUUAACAGAUGUAUAUAAUUUUUUGAAGUUUAAUGAAAUUGUUACGAGGUUUUCUUCCAAUACUAACGCAAGUGCAGCAGUUUUCUGUUAGGCUCGUCUGGGUGCACUUUUCCUGACAUAGGGCACACAGAAAGUGAUUUUAACAAAGAGUUUAAUAUUUCAGUGCUCGCUACAAUCGUUGUUCGAAAAAGUAUUCAUUUUUUUGUCCUUUUGUGUGUUGAAAAAUCAAGUAACUGAUUUGAAAACUGUUUUUAACCAUUAUCUACUUGUAUUUAUUGGAGAAAGUUUAUAAGUCUCCCUUGUUCAAAAUACCACUGAGGGUAACCAAUGCCGCAAAUUAAAAUUUAAAAAUUUGUUGCUGCUUUUGUCGUAUGCAAAGCGUUUGGUGCCGAAUUCACGAGAGUUAUUGCCACCGUGCUUGAAAGUCCAUAAAUUAGGUUAUAACUUUUUGGGUACCCACCCCGUUCAUAUAUUUUUAUUUUGGAACUCACUUCCCCAAACGCUCCGGCUGAAAUGCUGCUUUCUAUGUUUGUAUAGUUAACUUAUUUGCUUCGUAGUUUGUGCUUUUUUUUUUCCAGUUUGUGAGAUGUGUGUGUUAAAAAAGAAAAAAAAAACCCAGCAGGUUUAAAAAGAUGUUGAAAAACCAAUGAUUGACUACUUAAGCAAGUUGGUUUCAUUUAAUACCAGCAGAUCAUGUGGAACUAAGAUUCAGCGGUGAAAAGUUGUACGAAAUUCAAAUCAUAAACCUAUCAAUAUUAUUUUUUUUUUGGACAAAAUGUAGCAUAAAAUAUUAAGUUGAUAUUCUUUGUAGUGCUACCUCAGUGUAUUUAUUAUACGCCAAAAACAUGCUUAGCUUGUCUGAAAAGAAAACAAAAAUUAGAUGGCCUUUGAAAUAGGUUGACUUUUGUUCGAUGGAUGCUGUAGAUACUACAAAGCAUUCUAACGUCAUCCCGAUUUUGGAUUGUCGGAACAUGCAAUAAUUCCCAAGUCCGUUCUAGUUAACGUACCCCCUUGCAAAUUUCUUGUUGGUAGGGACCAUUUCAGCAAUAUCUUGCCUAAGUUUUUUAUUUCAGAAAUAUUUCCUCAGUAUUGUGACAAAAAUCCUAUGGGAGUUGAAAUUCUUAAUCCCAUAUCAUAUCCACUGAUUAAUUGUAUGUACAUGUAUGAAAUGCGUCAACUGCACAUUUUGCAGGCCUGUGUCGAUCGUACAGGUCUUACGACCCAAAAUAGCUCAAUGAAAUUAGGACAAACUUUUAAUUGACUAGACUUGUUCUGUUUUUGAACGCCAAAUAUUUUUAAUCACUUUCAAAACACCACAUCAGCAGAAAGUGUCUAGGACAUGAAGGUCCUCUUAACAUGCUUAAUAUCAAGAUGAGUAUAGUUAUAAGUGUUUGUAGUUUUUUUUAUGGUAGUGUUAGUUACUUUAUCCUGAAAUUUCGAAAAUCAUGAGGAAUUGUAAUUGUAAGAGUUGCUUCGGAGAAUCUCAUCAACAGUAACAGCGAUUUGCUUUCGCCUUUAGUUUUGCCGAAGAGAAGUCCCGAAUGGGAGUUAGCACGUAUAUUGUCACAUAGAAAAUGAUCAUGCGGACAAAUUCACGGCACCAUAACAGAUUGGAAACACAGAGACAUCAAUUACAGAUUGUGAUGUGUAGAACUCAUUAUUCAGGGGUUGCUGGUUCAACUCCAACCAUAGCUGAUGGUAAAACCAAAUUCAGGGUACCAGCGAUGACAAGCUGCAUGAAAUACAUUGCCUGCACAGCGCAAACCAGUUAUGGGGUAGUCUGUUCCAACCCUUCGUACUCAUUAGCUUUUGGGGGGGGGGGGGGGGGGGCAGGGGUAGUUAGUGUUCCGCUGUUGCACUGUAAUUAGAAGAAACUUUGGCUUAAUUUGCAGGAAUGAAGUGUAUUUCAUUGGUUUAUUUUGAACCAUGAAUGGAAAGGCUUAACCUACUUAAUUAUUUUGUUUUUUGUUUUUAACCUUCUUUGAUCCAGGUGAUCAGGUGUUGUGUGGAUUACAAUCGAUGCCAAAUUUACGUCUAAUGUAAUUUUUUUUUUUUAGAAUGGACAGUUAAAUAUCCUCACUGCCGAUUGCUACCAAGUGCUGCAUGCGUUGUCUGUUUAACGACUGUAUGAAAUCUGUUUUUAUUUAAGUGCUUGGUUUGGUAGGAGCAGCAGGUUUUAGCGGAUCGCUAUUAAAAAGUAAAGUUUGAAACUAAAAUGAAUUGCUUUCUGUAAUUAAAAUGCAAUACAGUGGUCCGUUUACCACAAUCGCAAAUAUAUCAUUCAAUCCCCCCCCCCAAAAAAAUUCAUAUUUUUAAAGUUUGAGAUGUAUUAUUUUUUGUUGUAGCGUAAUUUUACCAAACAAAUAUGUUUUGUUUUAGUGAAGCUAACAGAUUGAAUGAAAACAAAAAAAAGAAGCAAUAUAUAUUAUGGAUCAACGUUGUAAAGUUGAAUGCCGAGAAUUCUUUCAGUUUAAAGAUUGAGGAGUUAACCAAAAAGAAUGCUGAUAAUAAAUGAAAAUAUGGACUUGCCCCGAACGGUUUAAUUUUUUAGGAAUCCAGCAUUUUAAGGGAGCCUUGAUUUGUACAUGUUGAACCACAACACUGGUUGACAGUAUUCAAAUAUUGAGCAUGUCAAGUGCAAUAAGUAGCAGUCUCAAAAACAUUUUUUUUUUAUUUGGAGAACAUAGUCAAGAGACAAUUUUUUUUUUAACUUAAGAGUAUUGUUAUUAUCAAUUAAAGUUCGGUACUAGAGAAGUUUUUAGGUUGUUUUUGUUUAAAAAGGUUUAUAGUACAAAUUGUGGUUUUUGGUGCAUUGUAUGUACAUAUCAGAGUUGAUUUUGUACAUGUAUGUGCACGUGAGACAAUGCCUAUCAUGCCUAUAGGGAAAACGAAGUGUCAAAUUAAUGAACUUAGUAUCUUUCUUCCCUUUCGAACAAUAGAUGUGGUCUCAAAAAGUCGUGAAAAAAAUAAAUUGACUCUUUUUAGGAAUUUUUUGUUUGAGGAGCAAUAAACACAUGCAAGAAGUUCUAGAUUUAGCGUGAUUCUAGGUUGAUGCACCCACACGUUGUAUCAUGUCAUUUAAUUUGUAAAAAAAUAAAUAAAAUAAUAACGAUAAUAUGCUGUUUUAGUGAAGACAAACAGCACGUUAAAUAUCAUCUACCUUGACUGAAUUUUGUAAAACAAUAUUUGAUGACGUAUUGUAAUUUAAAAAAAAAAAAAAUACAGGCUUUUGCUGUUUUAGAAACUGUAUUAUUGUGAAUCACGGAGGCGUGGUUUUGGAUUCUUUUUGGAAAAAAAAAAAUAACAAAAACGAAAAUAAGAAAAAACAGGUUUUUGAGACCACAGUUGAAGUGUGUAGACGGAUAAAGCCUGGUUGUUAAUAUUCUUUAAAAACAAAAAAAAUUGUAAUUAUAAAUAUUGUAUGUGAAUGUGCUCUGUGCGCUGUCUUGUCAAGUAGAUGCCUAGCGAAGCCCUUACAUGUGUGUACGUUUUUUGACUUGGCUUAGAUUUUCAAAAAACUUUUUGUGAUGUCCUAGCAGAGUUGAUGUAGAGAAAAAAAAAAGAAAUGUGUCAAAAAAACAUUUUUUUAGAGUAUUAUUUCAAAGUUGUGGUUUGACAAGCUGUUUUUAGAGAAUAAAAAUGAGUCUGGAUGUGCAUAGAUAAAUUAACAUUUGAGAUUGAACGUGACGUAGAAGACGUAGUGACAACAUUUUAAAGAUGAUAACAAUGGUAAUACAGAGAUGCGGAACUCUGUUCAGUUAUAGUUCUUACAAACCUCCUUGUCGAGGUUUUGAAGUAAUAACUAUGACUGGAUCUGAUUAAAUGGUAUCCCUGAAUCACUUGUAGAUCUAAUUUUCGGGACUGUUUUUUGUACACACUGCCAAAAGUGUGUGACUUCAGAUAUAAACGUCUUUUUUUUUUCUGUAGAAUAAUUCCUUAAGGUAAAUUAAUAAUUCUGACCUAAUGAAUAUUCAUGUAAUGCCAUUCCCGGGGAGAUGUGAUGUUGGAAGUAAGCAGUAGGCAUUACUUCAGUGAUUUUACAGGUGUUGUUUGUAAAAAAAAAGGAAAAACUUGUGCCAUAUUUGUAAUAGGCCACGAUAAGCAGUCUGGUUGGAGCUCCACAAUACUGUGCUUGACCAAGGCAGUGUCCGAAUCACUUGGCCACGGCUGGCCAUUAUACACGGGUCUAUGGAAGCGUCUAUCCAUAGCCACGUGUGUUACUGCUAGUCAUAGCCACGUAAUUUGGACGUGGCCUACAUUAAGUAUCACUCGGUGUCGACCCUAAUGGUAUUGUUCACUGCCGUUAACUUCUGUAAAGAUUUUGUUGACGUCAGUGUUGAAACAUUAUCUGUUGUACAGUAGCUCCAGGGCAAUGGAAACAACCUUUUCUCCCAAUUUUCAAGAGACCAGUUUGUAUGAUCCCCCAUUCUUAAUAUUGGAAAAGCAAACUGUGCUGUCAUUAAUCUGUUACACUGAGCCAACGGGAGUCGCACAACUGUUACAGACUGGGGUUCCAGAGUUACGCCAACUUGCCAAACCCAAAUGUAUGUAAAGCAACUUAAGUUGCCACAAAUCGAAUUCGGUUUCAGACGCGCAAACUUUGGACACUGGCGGACACUGGUGUUUUUUCAAAUGACUUCAGCAGUCAGUCUUUCACAUUUACUCGCCCAGAAUUGUUUAAAAAAAUGUCGAACUUCAAUUCUUAUCUUCGGAAAUAAUUUUCUUUGUUGUGACUCCCGGACGUCAGUCUGAAACUGGUGUUUUAAGAUCUGGCUCAAAGUAAAGAGUUCUUGAAGAAAGACUUGUUAAUGGCUAAAGAAAGUUAUGCAAUCAAUUUAUUGAUGACUGGUUAUCCACUAGUUUCUACCAUUCAGCAAUAUCACCAUAUUCGCUGCUUUAACCAGUUCGCGCCGGGAUUAUUUUGACAAGAAUGAAACGAGGCGCGGGAUUAAUUUUCACUCGACCUCAAGCCAGGCGGGUUGAAGCCAUCACCCUCGGGCAACACACUCAUAUUUCCGGCCUCGCUCGCUACAAGCAGGUCGCUCACAGAUAUUUCCGGCCUCGCUCCCUGCGUGUUUACCCGUCAUCCGUUCCGAAUACCGCAAAACUUGUGCGUGUAUACACGUCAUCGGGCGCGAACUGGUUAAACAAAAAAAGAGGCCCCAAAAUUGUACAGACUAAAAAGUGGCACUGCUAGCCUUGUUUAAAUAUUAGGAACAGUAAUUUGUUAUAAUCAUUCCCACUGAUUAACAAGAUGAAACGUAAGAUUUUGGAUGGGAGCAUCAAGCCCGGAGGAUGCAUUAUAUAUAAAGUAUCAAACCAAACCCACUGUUACUAACAUAUGUUGUAUUCCAUUUUUAAAACAAGAUAUCACUGGAGGGUGGUUCUGAUUUUUGUUUUUGUUUUGUAAAAAAUGUGUUGUCCCAAUAAAUGAACAGAUAAAAACACUGA